UGUCUCCUAGAACGACACGGUGACCAUCCGGACCAGGAAGUUCAUGACCAACAGGCUGCUCCAGCGCAAGCAGAUGGUGAUUGAUGUUCUUCAUCCUGGGAAGGCCACAGUGCCCAAAACAGAAAUCAGGGAAAAGCUGGCAAAGAUGUACAAGACAACCCCUGAUGUCAUUUUCGUCUUUGGCUUCAGAACUCACUUUGGUGGUGGAAAGACAACAGGUUUUGGCAUGAUCUAUGAUUCCCUAGACUAUGCAAAGAAAAACGAACCAAAGCACAGGCUGGCCAGGCAUGGUCUGUAUGAAAAAAAGAAGACUUCUAGGAAACAGCGAAAGGAGCGCAAGAACAGGAUGAAGAAAGUCAGAGGCACAGCCAAGGCAAAUGUUGGUGCUGGCAAGAAGAAAUGAAGUAUCUAGCAGUAAAUGAACAUACUUUGGAUGGAAAGUGGGAAACAG